ACGCGGAAACCUUCGUGAGCCAAACAGCAGCAGCGGAACGCCUUCGAAGGAGGGUGGUGCAGGAGCGGGACGAGGUCGAGUGCUCGAAAAGGACAAGGCCAGCUUCCUGCAGGAACUGCAGCUGUUCCACGGCCGGAAUGCGAUGGGAGGUAGGAAUGUGGAUUCGCACCGGUUGUAUUGGGUGGUGGUGGCCCGGGAUUGGUGGUUGAAGGUCAAUUCGGGUGAGGACUGGAGCGAGAUCAUCGAGGAGAUGGCGCUGCCGAAGCGUUGCGUGAACAACGAGAUUGAGUUGAAGAAGAUUAACUUCCGGUUUUUGGACAAGUACGCGAAAGUUUAUUUUCACGAUGGGCCCCCGACGAAGAGGAGGACGACGAAAAGCUACAUAAUCGGAGGUGGUCAGCGCAGAUGUUGCACUCGGUGCCGGCGGUUUACAGCACCGCAACUUCCCGCCCACAAACACUCACGUCGCGACGGCGCAGCUUCAGCCGAAUGAAUCUGGACAGUGAGCCAAAAAAAAAUCUGUGUCAUUCUCGAAGUAGGAUUACGUGCUCAAAAUCGAACUCCGUUCCGAGGGCCUCA